AUGACCAAAGCUUUUUUAGACAAACAAAAUUUCCCCCACCCCAAUUGGCCCAUAAAGGAAUUAACAGCACACGUGUUGGAAGACGAAAAUCUCAAUAACUUCAAUAUCUUAAUCGAUACGGUGCAAGACCUUGCGACUUAUGGGGUUACAAGUGAGUUCUUCAUUAGCGCCAUCCGUCUUUUAGAACAAGGGGGGCCUGGGGUUGGGGUUGACAGCCAGGCCGUAGAACCUUUUUUAAACGCGGCGCAAGAAAGGCUACCCCAGAAUGCAUCCGUCGAAGUGGAAGUAUUCAACGAAUUACCUACAAUAGAAGUAGACACUAGACUGGUUGUCCCGGCCAAUACUCAUCUACGUAAUAUUGUGAGAACCGGGACAAUAGCAUUUUCUGUAGCACCAACCACGGAAGAAAGUGGCCAGGGGCCUUUAUUCGCCCAAAGAGAGGACUGGGGAGGCCAGUCGGAGAGCACGGAGGAUUCAUUCGAGAUUGGGGUCUUAAUGGAGCCCUUUUCCGAUACAGAGAUGGGGGGCACGUCGGCUCGUUCUUCGAUCCCGAGGGUGGCGGCCGAUGAAGCGGGGCCGUCCCAUCAAGGAUCUGUUGCAAAGGGAGAAUACUGGGCUCACAUCAAACAAGAGCUGGACCACGCUUCCUCUCAGAGGGAGUAUAGCCAGUUGCUUGAGUGUGAGAACAGAGACCUCCUGAUCCGGGAGCGGAAGCACGAGUCUUUCCAUCUUUUUAACCGCGUGCUAGCUCAAACUCCGGCCUUGGCCGACCAGGCCCCAUACAACCCCCUAGAAUGUUUUCGGGACUUUCUCAAUGAGAUGAGAGAAGAACUUGACGAAGAGGGGGGCGAUGUAUUAGUGAGAGACCAAAAGGAAAUGGCCUUUUUACAUGGCCUUGCCCAGGAUCUACGAAGGGCUGGCUCAAACUCGUCCUAUAUCAAACAAAUACUCGGGGCAGGCUGA